AUGUUCAUUUUGUUUCCAAUUUUAUUUGUAUUGGCUGCUCUUGUGAAUAAUGAACUUACUCACGCUCUUGAUCAAGCCGGACGUGAUGCAGUAGUCUACUGGCACAAUUAUUAUCGUGCCGAAUUAGCUGCGGGAAGGGUUAAAAACAACACUGGAAGCUUUAUGCCAAAACCAGCUCUUAUGAAACAGAUGAAUUAUUCUUUAGAGUGUGAACAGAGAGCACAAUCUUGGGCAGAUCAAUGUACUUAUAGUCAUUCGGAUACAGCCCAAACUUUUGGAGAGAAUUUUUAUGCUUAUGUAGCUUUGGAUAAUGCUACUCGUGCCAUCGAGCAUGUAGUAAGUGGAUGGUGGGCAGAGUUAAUAUACAGAGGUGCUUUGGGGCCUGAGCCUGGAUCAACAUGUAUUCCAUAUACUGGUGCUCAAAAUGCUAGAGGUAUUGGGCAUUGGACACAACUUGCAUGGUGGAACACUAAUCAAGUUGGAUGUGGAAUUGGACGUUGCCCUUUAUAUAAAACUUAUGUAGUCUGUCAAUACAGGCCAGCUGGAAAUGUUAUCACAAAAUGCGUUUAUAAUGUUGGUGAGCCAUGUAGUGGGUGCCCAAAUAAUUGCAACCAAACAAGCAAACUUUGUCUUAAUUGAAAUGUUGUAUUUAAAAAAUAGUUUACCUAUAUAUUAGUUAAUCUAUUUUUUAUAUAAAUGUUAAUCUAAAUUUAUAUUUAGAACAAAUGUUGAUAAAUAAUAGUGUUAAAUAUUUUAAAAUUUGUACUUGUAUUAUGGAUAUAACAGGAAAUUUUUUCGCACAGACCUAUUUGUGUCCCGAUAGUAUGUCGCAAGAGGCUAUUUCGGCGAUUUUUUGGCGAGUUAUCGUAAAAGAAUAAUUUUUAUAAUAAUUAGAUUAUUGAAAGUUAUAUUUCUGUAAAAUCAGAUAAUUUUCGAAUUUGAAGUAGUCGCUUCGAAUUCAAUUAGGAUACUAUUGCUGUUGUGGGUAUGAAAAAUUAAAAAUUCGAGAAACUGGAUAGGAAAAGAUAGCGAUUUGGUACAAAAUAGAAAAUUUAUUUUCAAUUUUACUUUAUGAUAAAAUUUCUAAUUAAUUUAUUUUCUCUCUAUUUUUAUCAUUAAUUUGUUAUUCUUUUUUUAAUUUUUAGAAAAUACAAACAAAAUCAUUCUCAUAGUUUUAGCUUUUUCCAUAGCCAUAAAUCUGUCAUCCCUUUUCUUCACGAAUUGCACUUCUGUCCAAAUAUUUCCCUUCGCGCCGAAUGUGAUCCAUCACUAUUUACUUAUUUUAUUUUUGAUUCCACUCUCCAACCCCCCCCCUCCCCUCCCUCCUCUCCCUCCCCUCCUCCUCUUCCCUCCACCAAACCCUCUUUUUUAUUUUCAUUCAUUUCUCAUCGCAAGUCAAAACAGCACUUCUCCCUUACAUUUAAACUCAUUCAUUAUCUUCAAUUCAUUGGCCUCUUCUUGUAUGAGCGAAUAUUCCUCCGGCGCGCCUUCUGCUACUAUUC